GUUUAAUCUGGUUGAUUUCCACGAGGUUGCUGUUGAGAUUAUUUCUCUUUCUGAUAUAGAUUCUCUCCGAAGCCAAAGAAACAGCUAUCCACAGAAGAACACAACCACAGAUGGGUGCUUCUGCUGCCUUCUUCUGCCUCCUGCUGUCCCUCUGGGUUAAGGAUGCAGCUGCAACUGGUCUUGGCUUCACAAGAGGUGAUUUCCCACAGGAAUUCGUCUUUGGAGCUGGAACCUCGGCGUACCAAUAUGAGGGUGCUGUUGCUGAGGAUGGCAGGAGCCCAAGCAGUUGGGACAUUUUCACUCACGCAGGAAAAAUGUCAGACAAAAGCACGGGAGAUGUUGCUUCAGAUGGAUACCACAAAUACAUGGAGGAUGUCAAGCUCAUGUCUGAGACAGGCCUAGAGGCCUAUAGGUUCUCCAUCUCCUGGUCAAGGCUCAUUCCAAAUGGACGUGGAGCUGUCAAUCCCAAAGGGCUAGAGUACUACAAUAAUAUCAUUGAUGAGCUAGUGAAUCAUGGAAUUCAAGUCCACAUCACACUUCACCAUCUCGAUCUCCCCCAGAUUCUUGAAGACGAGUAUGGUGGAUGGUUAAGCCCCAUAAUUAUCGAAGAUUUCACAGCAUAUGCAGAUGUUUGCUUCAGGGAGUUUGGAGACAGGGUUGCAUCUUGGACGACAGUGAAUGAGCCAAAUAUUGGUAUAUUGGCAUCUUAUGAUGUUGCUAUAUUCCCUCCUGGCCGUUGCUCGGAUCCAUUUGGAGCAACAAAGUGCACCGCUGGGGACUCUACUGUGGAACCAUACAUAGCAGCUCAUAAUACCCUUAUGGCGCAUGCAUCAGUUGUCAGUCUCUACAGGAAAAAAUAUCAAGCCAUGCAAAAAGGAGUUAUUGGCAUAAGUAUCUACUCCUUCUGGAGUUAUCCAUUGACAAAUUCCACUGUGGAUUUAGAUGCAACUCGGAGAUGUAAAGAUUUCUUCUUCGGCUGGAUACUAGAUCCAUUGGUGUUUGGGGACUACCUGCAAGUAAUGAAGAAGAAUGUUGGCUCUCGCCUUCCACCCUUCACGGAAGUUCAGUCUGAACUUAUCAAGGGUUCUUUAGAUUUUAUUGGAAUAAAUCACUACUACUCUCUCUACGUGAAUGAUCACCCUCUAGAAACAGGCGUUCGAGACCACAACGCAGACAUAUCAGUUAGUUUAAGGGGUUCUAGGAUGGAUCCAUCAUCUAGUCAGGGCCUCCCAGUAAAUGUUCCAAGUGAUCCCAAAGGGCUGCAACUUCAACUGGAGUACCUGAAAGAAACCUACAGGGACCUUCCGGUCUUUGUCCAGGAGAAUGGUAUGGGAUCUGCCGAUGACAGCCUAGAUGACACCGACAGGGUCGGUUUCCUGAGCAGCUACAUGGAAAGGACACUGAACGCGAUGAGGAAGGGAGCCGACGUGAGAGGCUACUUCGCGUGGGCGUUCAUGGACCUGUUCGAGCUCCUGUCCGGGUACAAGUCGAGGUACGGGCUGUACCGCGUCGACUUCGCCGACGAGAGGCGGCCGCGGCAAGCCAGGCUCUCGGCCCGCUGGUACUCCGGCUUCCUCAGGCGCAAUGGAACCACUGCGCUCGUUUCUACCGUACUUUCUAGGACGGCGGAGAACCGGGAGCUGAGCGCCGAGUCCUGAGUGGCAAAUCAGGAGCAACUGUAUAUGCCUGCUGUGGCGCGUGCUUGCCCGUAUACUCCUGUACAGAUUCCGAUGAGAAUGUGUGCUUCUUGUGUGAGGUAGAGCAUCAAAGAAAGGGAACUUUCGGAUUGUAUGUGUUGCAUUUGUCUCCUCGCUGGCGCAACCCGGUCUCCAGUCGCGUCGGAUCAAUUUCUCACGUAGCCUGGUGGCGUCUGGGACGCGGAUUAACUCAGUUUAACCUCAUAUGAGCACCGGUGAA